UCAGAAUUUUGUGUCUCAAGGUCUCCUCCUUUGAGUUCUAGUGGUAGUAGUGGUGGGGGUGGCGGUCCUGUGAUAUUGGAGCUUCCUGUUGAUAAGAUAAGGAGGCCUUUGAUGAGAACCAGAACUAAUGAUCCGGUCAAGGUUCAAGAACUGAUGGAUAGCAUAAGUGAAAUUGGCCUCCAAGUACCUAUUGAUGUGCUUGAGGUCGAUGGAGAUUAUUAUGGUUUCUCUGGAUGUCAUCGCUAUGAAGCUCACCAGUGUCUUGGGCUCCCAACAAUACGUUGCAAAAUUCGACGUGGGACAAAAGAAACUCUUCGGCAUCACCUCCGCUGAGUUUGGAUUAUGUUUCUGAGUUAAUUUGCAGCUUGAACAAGUUGUAACAGGUCUGCUAAUAGCCGAAGUUAAUGUAAAUACCAUGUCUAAACUCGGUUCUGGUGGUGUAUCACUGUGAUGGUGCAGCUUCAUUGGUGCUAGUGAGUGGGAAAAAGGCACUUGAACUUGGGUUACAUGCUCUUGUUCUUCAUUCCUCUGGAAAACCAACCCCUUUGGUACUGUAUCAUGCUCUUCUGCUGCAAUAUGUGCUAACUCGUGAAGCUUCACAAUAAGCUUGGAGGUGAUGCAAAUGAGAGUAUAUAUAGUGCACAGGAUGCUUGAUAAAAUGGCACAAGAAGGUUUUGUUGAAGCGAAAAGAUAUUAUAUCAGCUUUUGAUUCAUGUGUAGCUAGCUAGGAAUGCUUUCUUGUUUGGUACAUUACCUAGUCACUUGAAUGUAUGGAUGUUUGAAAAAUGGUAAUGGAAUGAUAUGGAUUUGAGUACUUUUUAUGUGGUAA